AUGGCUUAUGUGUUAGGGAUCAAAUCUCAUUUUUUGGUGUCCAGUUGCCCAAUCAGCGAUUAUAUGGCUUGGAUAUUGGGAAUGACUCAACCGUCGUCCUACAUCCCUUCGCUGAUUGGCAUGGACAUCACGCAAAGACCAACUUAUUUUGAAAGGAUACAGAACGUCUGGGCCACAGCCGUGUAUAUUUAUUACACGCACAAAACUGCUCGUGAAACUACCGAAGUGUUCCGACGAAGAUACGGGGCAAACUUCCCGAAUUUGGAGGACAUUGCUGCAGACUCUGACGUGAUAUUCGUGUCCACGGAUGAGUUCGUUGAUAUGCCUCGCCCUACCCUUCCUAACCUAGUUCACAUUGGAGGACUAGGACAAGACGACUCUUCAGGAAAUGGAGGAUUGGAUAAGGUCUCUUUUUCAUUGCACAAGCUUUCUGAUGUUUUGAAUGAACUACUUCAGACUUUCUCCGAGCAAAUGGAAAAGGGUUCAAAAGGCGUUGUUUACUUCUCGCUAGGAACUGUCGUCAAUACCUCAUCGUUGCCAGCUUUUGCAAUGAGAGCUGUGAUGGAGGCGGCAAGACAAACUCCUGAUUAUCAUUUCAUACUGGCUGUAGACCACUAUGAUCAGAACGCACGACAACUUUCUGGAGGUCUGCCAAAUGUCUUCCUAUGCAGCUGGGCUCCACAGCCAGCACUUCUGAAACAUCCUCGUUUACAAGCGUUCAUAACGCAUGGCGGCUACAAUAGCAUAAUGGAAGCAGCACGAGCCGCAGUACCGCUUAUAACCAUACCGUUUUAUUUUGACCAAGCAAGGAACAGUCGUGCCGUUGAAAUGAAUGGUUGGGGAAUACCACUAAAUCGAUUCUCUCUUCGCAACAACCCAAAUGGGAUCUACCAGGCGCUGCAUGCUAUUCUUGAUGACACACGGUGCGUUGACAACGCAUUCUGCACUGUCGCGAAUGAGCUAGAUACAGAGCAAGCUAGCUGUGAGGAAUCUAGCACUGAUACGCAACAAAGCCUGCUUCAACGCAAUCUGACAACCUUAUAA